AUGCAUAUUUCUCCACAAGAAGCCCACCACGUCGCCGUUCUUGCCGGUCAGGGAGAAUGCGCCAAACUGGUGACAGCCGUCAAAGCUCUAGCGUUGCGAGAACAUGAGUCGCCUGCCGACAUCCUUAUUGCUUGCAAGGACGACUUUCAACAGACAGCUGCGCAUAUUGCUGCAAAAUCUGGGCAGUCAAAGUCCAUCGACACACUAUCCGAUCUUUUGGAUGACAAUGAGAAAAGAGCAAUCUAUUUCAACAUGGCUAACCGUUUUUCCGGGGAUCGGCCCAUCCAUACAGCCAUGCGCCAUGGGUAUCUGGAUGCCUUCAAAGCCUUGGUCAAUCAUGGCGCGGACCCGACCCUGAAGAAUCGCUUUGGAGAUGUCGUUGAGGACUAUCCAGGUGACUUCGAGCCAGAGGAGGUAUCACGAAUUGUGGAGGAGUAUAGGACUAAGGUGGACAAACUCAGGGCAUAA